GAGCUCAGGAGUGGGUUGGACGUCUGGACCCGGGGGUCUUUCAGAAUUUGAGACUAGCUUUUGGACGUGAGAGAAGUGCAGAGCGGGGAGUUCCGCGGAGGAAGUAUCUGAGACUUGUAUUGGAACGGCUGCGGAAGGAGGCUCUAGAUGUGGGGGCUCUGAAUGGAGGGUCUGGGUUCGGUCUGAGGAAGCGUCUCAUAGAGGGCUGAAGGGAGGCUUCAGAUCCAAGGCGGGAUUUCCAGAAGGGAAGCCCUGGGUUCAUAAUGGGUCUGAUAGGCGGACUCCUAAAUGUAGGAGAAUAUAAUUGAAAAAAAAAAAAAAUGAGGCCCCUCUGUUUGAAAUGCUACGGGGAUCAGAUGUCACUCUAUCUCACUUUCCCCGUGGUUAUGUUCUGGAUCUCCAAUCAGGCAGACUGGUUUGAGGACUAUGUUGUCCAGCGCAAGAGGGAGCUGUGGCCACGAGAGAAGGAGGGUCAGCGCCAGGAGCUAGAAGAGUUCAAACAGAAGAUCCGGAAGCAGAGGGAAGAGAGACUCCUUCAAGCUGCUCAGCAGAGCUCCUGAGACCUUCAAGCCCUCCACCCAGAAAUGACACACACUCAGUCCUUUGUUCUAGUGCCAAGCAUUUUAUUGUUGUUUUCAGGGGCCGGUGGGGGGCCCAGGAUGGCUAGAACUUUCAAGGAGCUUGUGUCUGGGGUUGGGGGCUGCUGUUCCUGCGGAAGCUGAGUGCAGCAGGGUCCUGAGGGGUGAGCAGGGGUUGAGGGCUGAGGGUCCCAGGUCGUUUCUGCAUUCCAUCCUGCAGAUGAAGAAAGGUCAGACGGAGGGGACCAAGUACAAGCCAGAGGUGCCUCCAAACAACAUUUCUUUUUGUCUGCCUUCAUCGGCCAAUCAGUGUGGUAUUUGGUAUGAGAUGGUCAGCUCUCAGUGGAGUCUUGAUCAGAACUUGGGCUAUCGGUUUUCACCUGUAGUCCUAGCACUCAAGAAGCUUAGGCAGGAGAAUUAUCUCGAGUUCAAAGCCACCCUGAUCUACAUAGAAAGUUCCAGGCUUACAACCCUGUCUCAAAAACAAAUAAAUGAGUCGACAAGAUAACUCGGUCAUUA